AAAGGCACCGAAGCCAGGCAGAGGAGAAGCUGCAGAAGCCGGAUCCAACGGGGAUUGUCCAUCCGCUUGUUGUAGGGAAGUCCCGGCAAAGGAGCACAGCGCUCGCAGAAGCCCCCGGUUUCCCCCAUGAGCAUUUAAAUGUUCCUCAGAACAUCACUGUGUAACUCUGAGAGUCUAUCUAUGGCCUGGUCUUCACUGCAGAAUGACAUUGCAACAUUUUCUCUAUUACUUCAGAAUGAAGAUGGGAUACUUAAAGCUUUUGAUGAUGGAAAAUUUCAAAUCAUGGAGGGGACGCCAAUACAUUGGACCUUUCAAGAAAUUCACUUGUGUCAUUGGCCCUAAUGGUUCAGGGAAAUCAAACAUAAUGGACGCCCUUAGUUUUGUAAUGGGUGAAAAGGCAUCUAAUUUAAGAGUGAAACACAUUCAAGAACUGAUACAUGGAGCACAUGUUGGAAAGCCAGUUUCGUCAAGUGGAAGUGUAAGAAUGGUGUACAGUGAAGAAAAUGGAGAAGAAAAAAUGUUUUCAAGAAUUAUUCGAGGUGGUGGAUCUGAGUUUCUUGUCAAUGACAUUGUUGUCAGCCGAUCUGUAUAUAUAAAAGAACUUGAAGACAUUGGCAUCAUUGCUAGAGCAAGAAAUUGCAUGGUUUUUCAGGGUGAAGUUGAAGCAAUUGCAAUGAAAAAACCAAAAGAAAGAACUCAGCUUUUUGAACAUAUUAGUAAUUCAGGAGCACUUGCUGUUGAAUAUACAGAAAAGAAAAAGGAUAUGCACAAAGCAGAGGAAAAUGCACAGUUCAGUUACAACAAGAAGAAAAAUGUUGCAGCUGAGCGCAAAAAUGCCAAGUUGGAGAAGGAGGAGGCAGAACAUUACCAGAGGCUGUUGGAAGAGUUGCAUGAGUAUAGGAGGCAGCUUCAUCUUUUCCAGUUACAUCAUAAUGAACAAAAAAUUAACAUACUCAACAAAAAAUUGUCUGCAAAAACCAUGGAUAUUGAAGCUAAGCAAAUUGCACUUUCUCAUGCUGAAGAUGCAGUGAAAGCUAAGAAAAAGAUUAUUGGAAUAUUAAAUAGAAACCAUCAGCAUAUUGAAAAAGAAAUGAAAUCAAUGGAAGUUGUGCUGAAUCAAAAGAGAGUUCAGUAUAUUAAAGCAAAAGAGAAAACCUUUCACCAAACAAAAAAGGUAGAUACAGUUAUGAAAGUCUUGAGAAAUCAUAUGAAAGAACAGGCUAAGCAAGAAGAAAACAAAAAAGAAUUGGAAGCAGAACUGGCUGAUAUUAAUAGAGCUUGGAGAGCAUUUGAAAAAAAAGUUGAAGCUGAGAUGCUGCAUCGAGAGAGUGAUGUUUUCCUGGAAGAAAAUCAGAUUGCUACAUAUAAGGAGCUGAAAAAACUAGUUAGGAAAAAAGUAGCCAUAUUAACUCAGCAGCUGGAAAAACUGCAGUGGGAACAAAAGGCAGAUGAAGAAAAGAUGUCAUUUCAUCAGCAGAGACAGAAGGAAACUGAGGGAAGUAUAAAGCAAAUUAAGGAACAGAUAGAAAAUAAUGAAAAACAGGUGGAGAAGCUGACAGAAUUCAGCAGGUCAUGCAUUGAAUCUUUAGCAGAGAAAACAAAAGAAGUAGCAGCGCUAACAAAUGAACUUGAAAAUUCAAAGAUAAGAAUUGCUGAAGUAAAUGAGUCGCUGAAUAAAAUUGUUAGUGAUUUGCAUAAUGCUAAAAUUGAUGUUUAUGAAGGGAAGCGCCAGAAGAGGAGAGCUGAAAACCUUGACAGCCUGAAAAGACUAUAUCCUGAUUACGUGUUUGGAAGAGUGGUUGAUUUGUGUCAUCCUAUCCAUAAAAAAUAUGAACUUGCUGUUACCAAAAUUUUUGGCAAGUAUAUGACUGCAAUUGUUGUGGCUUCAGAAAAAGCAGCUAGAGAUUGUAUUCGUUUCCUCAAGGAAGAAAGAGCUGAGCCUGAAACAUUCCUUCCUUUGGAUUACCUUGAGGUAGAGCCUAUCAAUGAACAGCUAAGAGAGAUUAAAGGAUCUAAAAUGAUUAUUGAUGUCAUACAGACAUCUUUCCUUCCACUGAAAAAAGUUAUUCUGUUCAUUUGUGGAAAUGGUCUAGUCUGUGAAACAGUAAAAGAAGCAAGACAACUUGCAUUUGAUGGUCCACACCGACUGAAAACAGUGGCUCUUGAUGGAACUUUAUUUUUGAAAUCUGGAAUAAUCUCUGGAGGCUCAAGUUACUUAAAAAUGAAAGCUAAAUACUGGGAAGAAAAGGAGGUGAAUGAACUUAAAGGACAAAGAGAAAAACUGAUGAAUGAACUAAAGGACUUGUUGAAAAUGAAGCGUAAGGAGACUGAUUUAAAGCAUUUGCAGACUCAGUGUCAAGGAAUUCAAACACGACACAAAUAUUCACAAAAUGAAUUAGAAGUUUUAAAGAAAAAACAUCUUGCUAAUUUGUACAAGGAAAAAUCUAUGUUGGAAAGUGAACUGGUAAAUAUUAAGUCACAAUGUGCUAUGCUGAAUGAGGGAGUUUUACAAAGAGCUGGAAGCAUGGAUGAGCUCCAAAAGAAAAUCAAUGAGGUGGAAGACAGAGUUUUCCAUGAAUUUUGUGAAGAAAUUGGUGUGGACAAUAUUCGAGUAUAUGAAAAAGAACAUGUCCAACAGCAGGAAGAGGUUGACAAAAAGAGAUCUGAAUUUGAAAACCAAAAAACACGGCUGAGUGUUCAGCUUGACUAUAUUUGCAGCCUCAUACAAAUGCAGGUGAAAAAGUGCAACAUGCUGAAGGAGAGCUUUUGCAAAGAUGAAGCUGAUAACAUUCUCCUGAAAAAGGAUGAGGAUAAUUUUUUACAAAUGGUAGAGGAAAUUACGGAAGAACUGCAGCAGCUUGGAUAUAAGGAGAAUAUUAAUAAGACUGAUAUCAAAGAAGCACAAAAUAAAGCUGAAGAAUCAAGAAAGACAUUCUUAACCAUAAAUAGGGAGUUGGUAACAUUACAGAAGGAUGCUGUAGCAAUUGAGACCUUGUUGGAACAGAAAAAAAUGGAAAGGCAUAAUAAGCUUCUUGAUUGCAAACUUCAGGACCUAAGGAUAAACUUUCUGUUGGGAUCUUUAGAUGACAUUAGUGAAAUAAAGCUGGGUCCUGAUACUGAAAGUAGUGAAGCGACAACUGGUAUUUUUGAAAGAGAACAGGCAAUUAAAAUAGACUAUAGCAGCCUUGGAGAAGAACUAAAGGGCUUACAUUCUGACAAAGAGUUUGAGGCUCACCUAGAACAACUUCAGCAGGAAGUAGCAUCCAAAGAAAAUGUUCUGUGUAGAACACCAGCUCCAAAUCUGAAAGCUGUAGAAAGAUUACAAAUGGUUACAGGCAGAUUCCAAGAAUCAGUGGAUGCAUUUGAGGCCUGUAGGAGGGAAGCCAGAUUAUGUAGGCAAGAAUUUGAGAAAGUGAAAAAUUUGAGAUACGACUUGUUCAGUCAGUGUUUUGAACAUGUGUCAGUAGCUAUUGAUCAGAUCUACAAGAAGCUCUGCAGAAACAGUAGUGCUCAGGCAUUUCUUAGUCCUGAGAAUGCUGAGGAACCUUACUUGGAAGGUAUCGGAUAUAACUGUGUAGCUCCUGGGAAGCGAUUUAUGCCAAUGGAUAACCUGUCUGGUGGUGAAAAGACUGUAGCUGCUUUGGCUCUUGUGUUUGCAAUACACAGUUUUAGGCCUGCCCCCUUUUUUAUUUUGGAUGAAGUUGAUGCAGCACUAGAUAACACAAAUAUUGGCAAAGUAUCAAGCUUCAUUAGGCAGCAGUCCCAAGAAAAGUUUCAAAUUCUGGUUAUCUCCUUAAAGGAAGAAUUUUAUUCUAAAGCAGAUGCUUUAGUUGGAGUCUGCCCUCAGCAAGAUGAUAUUAUGUUCAGUCAAGUGCUGACCCUGGAUCUUACUCAGUAUCCAGACUCUGAUGAGAAUGAAAAGGGAGAGAAACAGAGUAAGAGCUCUGUAUUAAAAAAGGACAAAGACUGAAUUUAUUGCUGUUUUAAUAUGUUUAGCCACUGUUUGCUCCUGUCUGAAUUUCCUAAUGUAUGUUAUUGAACCAUUGAAAGCUUCAAACAUUUAGCAUGAGAAGUGGUUGUAAAGAAGUGGUAGUUAAGUAUUUUGCUAUGUAAAGAUGCUUGCAAUGCUCAAAGGUUCACACUUAUGCUGUAUGGAAGGUAACUGCUAAAAUCUGAAGUAUCUGAGACCAAACAGAAGUGAUAUUUCAGGAAAUCAGAAUAGGAGAAAAUGGCAGAGAAUACCAUUAUCUAUUUGCUGGUUCUGUAACUUCCUUAAACAUUAUCCUGAGAAGUUUCAAGUAUUUCAAGAUAUUUGGAACCCCACAGUAGAGAUGUGGGGAGAAAAUUUACAGUGGUGAAGUUAAACUAAGCACACUUCUUUGGCCACUUUGCCUAGCCUGAUUAUCUCUCCAGUUAUAUCUUUUCCUCUUUAAACUGGGUUAUUGGAUUAAUAUUACAUUUAUGUGCAUCUAACUUUGAACUUUUGGCUUAAAUUCCUAUAUUGUAAGUCCCAUAAUAUUUUGUGCUCUCCAACUGAAUAUUAACCUUGCUCACAUAGGGCAGGGGACAAUACCAUUUACUGAUUAAAAGCUUGUAUUACUGAUGUUAUGUUACUGAGGAUUUAAUAUUUCCUUAUACGAAAUAGGUUGAGUGUUGUCUAUUGUAUUUGUCUAAUGUGCAUAAUUUUUAUUUGAUAGUAGUUCAAUAAACUUUGUUCUAGUUUCUCA